UGGCGUCAGGCGGUCCGGCGAGGUUGCUGGUUGCCGGUCUAGUCUGAGGAUAUUAGGCGUAGUCCUCCAGCUUUGUCGAGGGGAAACACCUGGCCACGCUCGAUUCUUUGUCUCACUCCUCAGGCUCUGCUUUACACCAGCAGCCGCCGCCCAUCCCUCUUUGUGUGUAUCGGGAAGCCUCGGCGCUGGUGGCGGCGACAGUUGGCAUUAAGAUCGAAGGCGAACGACGUGCCCGGGAAGUUGCAGGCGGGCGGACUCUCCCCCAUCCAAAAACCUUACAGGACUCCCCAACAUGUCGGACAAAAGUGAAUUAAAAGCUGAGUUGGAGCGUAAGAAGCAGCGGUUGGCCCAAAUCAGAGAGGAGAAGAAGAGAAAGGAAGAAGAAAGGAAAAAAAAGGAAAGUGAUCAGAAGAAGGAAGCCGUUGCUCCUGUGCAAGAAGAAUCUGAUCUUGAGAAAAAAAGAAGAGAAGCUGAAGCAUUGCUCCAAAGCAUGGGGCUGACUCCAGAAUCCCCCAUUGCUGAGCAACCUCUCCGUGUAGUAACAGCGGAUACCUGUCUAUUUCACUAUUUAGUCCCUCCUCCUAUGUCUCCAUCCUCCAAAUCUGUGAGCACCCCAAGCGAAGCUGGAAGCCAAGACUCUGGAGACGGCGCCGUGGGAUCUAGGACGCUGCAUUGGGAUACAGACCCAUCAGUUCUCCAGCUUCACUCAGAUUCCGAUUUGGGCAUUGUAUUCCCUUCAUGUAGAAGAGGACCUAUUAAACUGGGAAUGGCGAAAAUUACACAAGUUGACUUUCCUCCUCGAGAGAUUGUCACAUACACAAAGGAAACUCAGACUCCAGUUGUGGCUCAGCCCAAAGAAGAUGAAGAGGAGGAAGAUGACGUCGUGGCACCUAAACCCCCUACCGAACCUGAGGAGGAGAAAACUCUAAAGCCAGAUGAAGACAGUGACAGUAAAGCUCCCCCGCAUGAGCUCACUGAAGAAGAAAAGCAACAAAUUUUGCACUCUGAGGAAUUUCUAAGCUUCUUUGACCAUUCUACAAGAAUUGUAGAAAGGGCUCUUUCCGAGCAGAUUAACAUCUUCUUUGACUACAGUGGGAGAGAUUUGGAAGACAAAGAAGGAGAGAUUCAAGCAGGUGCUAAGCUGUCAUUAAAUCGACAAUUUUUUGACGAGCGUUGGUCAAAGCAUCGUGUUGUUAGUUGUUUGGAUUGGUCCUCUCAGUAUCCAGAGUUACUUGUUGCUUCCUAUAAUAACAAUGAAGAUGCUCCGCACGAGCCUGAUGGUGUAGCCCUGGUAUGGAACAUGAAAUACAAGAAAACUACCCCCGAAUAUGUGUUCCACUGCCAGUCAGCUGUGAUGUCUGCUACAUUUGCAAAAUUUCACCCCAACCUUGUUGUUGGUGGUACUUACUCAGGCCAAAUUGUGCUUUGGGAUAACCGCAGCAAUAAGCGAACUCCCGUGCAGAGGACUCCACUGUCGGCCGCUGCACACACACACCCAGUAUAUUGUGUAAAUGUAGUUGGAACGCAGAAUGCUCACAAUCUGAUUAGCAUCUCUACUGAUGGAAAAAUUUGUUCAUGGAGCCUGGACAUGCUCUCCCAUCCACAGGAUAGCAUGGAGCUGGUGCAUAAGCAGUCAAAGGCAGUAGCUGUGACAUCUAUGUCCUUCCCUGUUGGAGACGUCAACAACUUUGUGGUUGGGAGUGAAGAAGGCUCCGUGUACACAGCAUGCCGCCACGGCAGCAAAGCUGGAAUCAGUGAAAUGUUUGAGGGGCAUCAAGGACCAAUCACGGGCAUCCAUUGUCAUGCAGCUGUUGGAGCAGUAGACUUCUCACAUCUUUUUGUCACUUCAUCAUUUGACUGGACAGUAAAACUGUGGACAACUAAGAAUAACAAGCCUUUGUACUCGUUUGAAGAUAAUUCAGACUAUGUUUAUGAUGUGAUGUGGUCACCCACCCACCCAGCCCUGUUUGCCUGUGUGGACGGCAUGGGGAGACUGGACUUGUGGAAUCUCAAUAAUGACACAGAGGUGCCAACUGCCAGCAUUUCUGUCGAGGGCAAUCCUGCUCUGAAUCGUGUAAGAUGGACCCAUUCGGGAAGGGAGAUUGCCGUGGGCGAUUCUGAAGGACAGAUUGUUAUAUACGAUGUGGGAGAGCAGAUUGCUGUCCCCCGCAACGAUGAGUGGGCCCGGUUUGGCCGCACGCUCGCGGAAAUUAACGCAAACCGAGCCGACGCCGAGGAGGAAGCAGCCACUCGGAUUCCUGCUUAGUUCCUGACGUGGGAGACACAGCCUUUGUAGAUUGGGGCCGCCGCUAAGUAGAUCCUACGAGUAUGUGCAUGCUUCUCUCUCAAUGAUAAUUAAAAGAAACUGUGUGGAUGUAAUGCCGCAAGCAUAUCUUGCAAUGCCCUUUUUAUAUAACAUGCUUCUUGUUUGGCAUUUGUGUCAUUUUUAAUACAGCUGACUGACUUUACAAAAUGCAGCCUUUUCCGAAUUCUUAUAUGCAGUUAUAUAUUUCAUAUUAGUUAUCCUUUUGAAUUCUUUUCAAUUUACUACACUGUUGCAGCUAUUUCUAAAGCACAGAGUAGUUCUGCAUAUUUUAAAUGGUCGCAAUUCUCUGUUAAACUAACCAUAAUGUGUAGGAACAUUGUCUCUUCUUCACCUUAGCAUGCAUACAUCUACCCAAGUUCCACCCUAACGCCCAUUUUCUUCUUUAUAAUUCACGUGGUAGCGAUCUAUAAAUAAAAAACAAAUCUGCAUUAA